AUGAGUGAAGAAGGUCCUCAGGUGAAAAUAAGAGAAGCGAGUAAAGAUGGCGUGGAUUUUAUACUAUCGAACGUGGAUUUGGCCAUGGCCAAUUCUCUCCGUAGGGUCAUGAUAGCAGAGAUUCCCACUCUAGCCAUCGAUUCAGUCGAAGUGGAAACAAAUACCACGGUGCUGGCCGAUGAAUUCAUCGCACACAGACUAGGUUUAAUACCUCUCCAAAGUAUGGAUAUCGAACAACUAGAAUACAGUCGUGAUUGUUUUUGUGAAGAUCACUGCGACAAAUGUUCUGUGGUGUUGACAUUGCAGGCUUUUGGAGAAAGUGAAAGUACUACAAACGUUUACAGCAAGGACUUGGUCAUUGUAUCCAACCUCAUGGGGCGUAACAUUGGGCAUCCCAUCAUACAGGAUAAGGAAGGUAACGGUGUUCUUAUCUGUAAAUUGAGAAAGGGUCAGGAGUUGAAAUUAACAUGCGUGGCUAAAAAGGGUAUAGCCAAAGAACACGCCAAGUGGGGUCCAGCGGCGGCUAUAGAGUUCGAAUACGAUCCUUGGAAUAAACUCAAACACACCGAUUAUUGGUACGAACAAGAUUCUGCCAAGGAAUGGCCUCAGUCCAAAAAUUGUGAGUACGAAGACCCUCCAAACGAAGGAGAUCCCUUCGAUUAUAAGGCUGAGGCAGAUACAUUUUACAUGAACGUGGAGUCCGUAGGGUCCAUUCCCGUCGAUCAAGUUGUUGUAAGAGGUAUCGAUACCUUACAGAAAAAAGUCGCUUCAAUAUUAUUAGCUUUGACACAGAUGGAUCAGGAUAAAGUUAAUUUUGCAUCAGGUGAUAACAACGCGGCUCCAAAUAUGCUGGGCACCAACGAAGACGUGGUUAUGACCGGCGCUGAACAAGAUCCUUAUUCCAAUGCAUCUCAAAUGGGUAAUACUGGAUCAAGUGGGUACGACAAUGCUUGGUGA